AUGGAGCCAACACUAGACUCGGCGCUACAGAUUGAUGCGGCGUUCGAGGCAGCACCACCUGAACAGCCGACGCCUCCGGUGCAGCAAGUCGAGCACGUUGAGCAUGUCGAGCAUGUCGAGCAUGUCGAGCAUGAGCAUGUCGGCCACGUCGAGCACGCCGAGCCGCACCCCGUGAUCCCAGCAGAUCCCACGCCGGACCCACCACCGCCCGGCUUCAAGAAGGCCGCCGACCCUAUCCGGCGUGAGGCGAAUCGGCGUGCGGCGGAACGUUCACGCGGACGACAGCAGGAGAAGAUCGUGGCGCUCGAGAUGGCGGUCCAGACCCUCAGCGACGAGAACUUGCGACUCAAGGACGAGAUCACUCGUCUGGAGGGGAGAGAUGUGGCGCCGGAGACGCUGGCCAACAUGGAGCCGCCGCCGAGUGUGGCACCGACUGAGUCGAACCAGUCUCUCGAUGCCGCAGCUGCAGCAGCUGUCGCGUCCCACGUCCAGAAUCAGCAAUUCCUCGAUCUGCUUGCGCAGGGCGGCGAUAUCCCAUGGGCACAGCUGCUCAGCGAAUCUGAAGCCGAGGUCGACGGGCGCUUGGGUCAGCUGGCGGCCGUCGCGUCCAAUCAGGCUGGGGAGGAGCCGCCACAGCCCGCACCUGCACACACUACUGAACUCGGUACCCCGGCCAGGGCCAGGCCUGCGCCAGUAUCCUCAACAGCCCUCACAUCCGAGCUCGAGAAGUUGCUCCUGGAGGAAAUUGCCAGCGUCAAGAAUGCAGUCGCACGCGCAGACCGUGAACUUGCGCGUAGGCGUGGACACCAAGUCUUCGGCAGCGAUGUUGCAGAGGACGCGUACCAGCCUAUUUACCCCGAGUUGUAUGCGGCAGACGAUGCCGCCCUUGCCGAGCACAGCACGAAGGCCGAGCUCGACAUGACGGAGCUUGAUAUCCAGGCCAGCGUGCUGCGUGAGGUUACCGCGCGAAUGCGGGCCUCGAUUGAGGAGGAGGAGACCAAACUGCUUCCUCUGGAGGAGGAGCUGCGCAUGCUCAACGUUGACGGGCAACGAGACCGCGAAGGAGUCACCGCAGUGCUUCGAGCUUUCAGAGGGCACCUCACGUCAUUAAUGAGCGCACCAGGGGGAUAUAUGCCGGGUAAUCUGCUUGUGACCCCGUUUUCGUCUCCGGCGACUGCGCGUCGCCGACGUGGGCGACCUCCAAAGCACGCUCCAACCACCAGCUCCGCCCAAUACACGUUCCCGUAUGAUCACUCGCCCACGUCGUCUGACUCGGGUACGGAGCUCCCAGAGACUCCAGGCGGGCGACCAGCCCGUGCCUCUGCCCCUCGCAGGAGCCGCCUGGCCCAGGAGCUACGCUUUGAACCCGAACAUCCGCAACAGCCGCCAACGGCUGAUGCGGGUGCGAGCCACGCACUGUCAGGAAGCGUAGAAGCUAACGUCGUUGCCGAGACAUCACAAGCUACGCAAGACUAUCUGCUCUCCCACUUUGCGGCUAGCGACGCUUCGCGUCACACCCCGAUCACUCUCGACAGCUCGUCCUUUGUGGCUCUCUUGCCACAAUCUCCACUAGCCGAUGGGCACCACCAAACCCUCGACUCGUCGCUUGGUGCGACCGGACCGCAUAUUCCUGAAGACACGAGCAACAGUCUCUCUGAGACGCCGAAUGUCAUGUCUAGAUUCAAGCGCGGACCACCAGGCAGCUGCGACAUUUGCUCGCGCACACAAACCAGCGUGUGGCGCAAGCUGACAUACGAGGGUGAAGAACUCAGGGUGUGUAACGCAUGUGGACUGUAUCACUCCAAGUUCCAUAUCCCUCGGCCGCCCGAGCUCUGGGGCGACGGGCGGACCAUCAAGAAGCGCAAGGCCGGCCCCCGGAACUGGGAGGGUGUCAAGCGGCGCAGAGAGCAGCAGCGCAAGUCUUCGCAGUACGGCGAAAUCGAGGGAGUGAUGGGUAUGGAGGUCGAUCACCGUGUGCUCGAGGAUCCAACCGCUGUCCAUGCAGUCCAUGCGCUAGGGGUCGCUGAGUCCGAGACCCCAGAUCCUGGGUUACAGCAUGGGCUGACGACCUUGCAAGAGGUCGGCCAGGCGGUCGAGAACAUGUACGCCGUCCAACAGCAGGAGGCGGAACAGCAGGAGCAGGAGCAGCACCAGCACCAGCAUCUGGAAGCAUAG